CUGGGGUUUAGAGCGGUGCUCUCGUGUGCGCAGUUAGAGCAGGUCUCUGAUUGAAAAAUAAAGACGUCCAAAGACCUGUGGCUAAGUUUACUAGCUGGCGAGCGAGCUUUAUGUCAAACAGCAGUUUGUUAUUUACUUUCACAUAGACCCCUACCCAAAAGCAAUAUCUGCGUCGAUUGCCUGUCUAGAGCAGGACACAUUGCACUGUUUUCGUGUGCUAAAUGCAUUUUUAAGAUUUUAGCGUGUUUUAUUGUUUUCCGAGGUUGACAAAGGUCGAACGAACGGCAUAUCUCGCCCUCACUUGGAUUUUAACCUGUUGCUGAAUCGAUAUACUCGGAGUAAGGCACACCAUAAACGAGUUGGAACUUGCGGGUCGAUAAAGGAGUUCUUCGCAGUUGUCGGUGUCUUAGGUAUGUCUGCAGAGCGCUGUCUGUCACCGGACAGGUAACGGGUGUGUCGGUGCCGACAUGGCGAUCCUGAAGCUACUGUAUCCAAUCGUCGCCUUCCUCGUCGCCAGGGCAACCGCACAGGACCAUGAGUGGCACUUCAACUCAGCUCAGUGUCGUUAUGCCCUAGGGAUGGAGGACGGCAGUAUUCCGGACUCUGCCAUCACCGCCUCCAGCUCCUGGUCCGACUCGACCGAGGCCAAACACGGCAGGCUGAGUACGGGUGCGGGUGAUGGCGCGUGGUGUCCUAAGGGCUCGGUCUUCCCUCACGGUACUGAGUUCCUGCAGAUAGACCUGCGCUCGCUGCACUUCCUGUCCCUGGUGGGCACGCAGGGGCGGCACGCCGAGGGGCACGGGCGCGAGUUCGCCCGCAGCUACCGCCUCCAGUACUCCCGCGACGGCCGCCAGUGGCUCACCUGGAGGGACCGCUGGAGCCAGGAGGUGGUGUCGGGGAACGAGAACACGUACGACGUGGUUCUGAAGGACCUGGGCCCGCCCAUCGUGGCCCGGAUGGUCCGAUUCUACCCCCUGGCCGACCGCGUGAUGAGCGUGUGUCUGCGGGUGGAGCUCUACGGCUGUCUGUGGGACGACGGCCUGAUGGCGUACACCGCCCCGUUGGGUCAUGUGAUGCACCUGUCCGGCUCGCCCAUCUUCCUCAACGACUCCACCUACGACGGGAGCACUGAAGCAGGGGUGCAGUUCGGGGGUCUGGGGCAGCUCUGCGACGGCGUGCUGGGAGGCGAUGACUUCACCGAGAGCAAGGAGCUGCGGGUGUGGCCCGGGUACGACUACCUGGGCUGGAGUCGCGACGCCCUGGGACAGCCCAGCGUGGAAAUCGAGUUCCACUUCCAGAAGACCCGCGCCUUCUACAACAUGCAGGUCCACAGUAAUAACCGGCACUCUCAGGGCGUGCGUGUCUUCAGUAAGGUGGAGUGUCAGUUCAAGGCGGGGCUGCUCUCUCCCUGGUCCACUCCGGCCCUGACUCUCAUGGUGCCCCUGUCCGAUCUGAAGGACCCCUCCUCGCGCCCCAUCUCCCUGCCCCUGGGGGGCCAGCCCGCCCAGAUCCUGCGCUGCCAGUUCACCUUCGCCGACCGCUGGCUGCUCAUCAGUGAGAUCACCUUCUCCUCCGAGCCGUAUGAAGAGCCUCCUCAGACGGGCGCGGUCCCCCCCCUGGCGCCCCCCGCCCCCCCGACCACCUCUCCUCCGCACAACACCACCUCCUCCCCCACCACCACCACCGCCCGCACCACCACCACCUCUCCCAGAACCACCGGCGCACAGAGUGACCCCCCCACCACCCACCCAUCGAUCAACAGCACAGCCAACAGCUCGCUGUCAGGUGUGGAAUUUGCAGCCAUGACCCCAAGAGCUGGGUUACCGGUUGCCAAAGACGACAGCAGCAACACAGCAAUCCUGAUUGGCUGCCUGGUGGGCAUUAUCCUGUUGUUAUUGGCUGUGAUCGCUGUUAUUCUUUGGAGGCAGUACUGGAAGAAGAUUCUGGGAAAGGCCCAGGGCAGCCUCUCCAGCGACGAGAUGCACGUCCACCUGUCCGUCCCCUCGGACAACGUGGUGAUCAAUAACACACACACGUACUCCAGCCGCUACCAGCGCAUACACACCUUCCCCGAGGAGCGCGAGAGAGACGCGGAGGGGGAGUACCAGGAGCCCAACGCCCUCCUCCGGCCCAGGGACGACCGGGACAGCACAGCCUUGCUGCUAAACAACCCGGCCUAUCACCUGCUACUGUCUGACCAGCGGCAUGACAACACCUGGCUGCACAACUGCACCAGUGCGCAGGAAAAGCCUGACAAUGUACCCCAGCAGGCGUGUGGGUUUGACCCGGACGAGAAGGCCCCUCCCUCGCAGGAGGAGCCCCCGCCGUACCCCGGAGCCCCGCCCUACCCCCAGCUGCCCUCGGUGCCCCCGCCGGUCCUGCCCGCCUCCGGCUCGGCCAGCGUGCCCCACUACGCAGAGGCCGACAUCAUCAGCCUGCAGGGCGUCAGCGGCAACAACACCUACGCCGUGCCCGCGCUGGCGGCCCCCGCCGAGUGCCCCCCCCUGCCCGAGCUGCCCCGCCACUUCCUGCUCUUCAAGGAGAAGCUGGGCGAGGGGCAGUUUGGAGAGGUGCACCUGUGUGAGAUCGAGAACCCCCAGGACCUGCCCAACCUGGAGUUCCCCUUCAACGUGCGCAAGGGGCGCCCCCUGCUGGUGGCCGUGAAGAUACUGCGGCCCGAUGCCUCAAAGAACGCCAGAAACGACUUCCUGAAGGAGGUGAAGAUCCUGUCCCGGCUGAAAGACCCCAACAUCAUCCGGCUGCUGGGGGUGUGUGUGAGCAGCGACCCGCUCUGCAUGGUGACCGAGUACAUGGAGAGCGGGGACCUCAACCAGUACCUCUCCCAGAGAGUGCUGCUGGACAAGGCCGGGCCCACACACAACUCCCCCACCAUCAGUUACCCCGCCCUUAUCUCGAUGGCCAGUCAGAUUGCGUCGGGGAUGAAGUUCCUCUCCUCGCUGAACUUUGUGCACCGUGACCUCGCGACCCGCAACUGCCUUGUGGGCGGGGGGAGGGACGGGGAUCAGGAGAUCAAGAUCGCCGAUUUCGGCAUGAGCAGGAACCUGUACGCCGGAGAUUACUACAGGAUCCAGGGGCGCGCUGUGCUGCCCAUCCGCUGGAUGGCCUGGGAGUGUAUACUCAUGGGGAAGUUCACCACUGCGAGUGACGCUUGGGCCUUCGGCGUGACCCUGUGGGAGAUGCUCAGCGUGUGCCAGGAGCAGCCGUACUCCACCCUGACCGACGAGCAGGUCAUCGACAACGCGGGGGAGUUCUUCAGAGACCACGGCCGCCAGGUAAACCGGCGGGCUCACGCGCAGACAUGA